CAAUUUACAACAAUCCACACGCCUAUUCAAUCUGUAUAGAUGCCGAAUGUUUCGGAUUUUUUUCCUAAAGUUGUUCCAGAAAAUUAAGAAAUAUUUUAUAAUUAUGUUAAUGAUAUCUGUGAUUAAUUUUGAUUAAGUUGAUUGUUUACGUUGCUCAGUGCAACUGUUGAUUCUGACAGACAUGUUCAUGGUAUUCUUAUGUAAUGUUUUUUAUGUGAAAUAUUGAAUAUAUAAAUGGAAUUAGUGCCUGUUUAAUAUUCAUACUUUUGUAUGGAAAUAUAUGUGUAAAAAUAAUUCUAUAUAAAUCGAAUAUAUAUACGUAUAUAUACGUGUUUUAUCUAAAAUACUUAACCAAACAUUAUGACUAAUAGUGUGAGGACUGUGAUUUUGAAAAAGAUUGCGGACUCUUUACAAGAUACGAACAAUAUAAAUCUUGCCAAUAUUGCAUCUUAUUUACAUCUAAAACCACAUAAAAUAAACGGAGCAUUCACUUUUAUGCUUCCACUAAAAGCUGAACAAUAUAAUAUCCGGAACGAAGUACAAAACAUUACAAAUCAUGAUCCAAACAGUAUCUUCGACAAUAUUAAUACGGAAAACGAUGCAAUUUCUUUUAGUCUUUCCAGAAGCAAGUGUAUUAAAGAAGUAUUGGAAUACAACUGUUCUACAGUAUCAGCUCCGAAAUUUGCAAAUAAUAAGAAAAAUGUAAUAGUGGAAUUCAGCUCACCCAACAUCGCAAAACCCUUUCACGUAGGACAUCUAAGGUCUACAAUAAUAGGAAACUGCAUUGCCAAUAUCAACAGCUUCAUGGACAAUAAUGUGAAGAAAAUAAAUUAUCUAGGCGAUUGGGGCACACAGUAUGGAUUAGUUCAAUUGGGAGUGGAAAUGGCGAACAUCAGUGAGGAUGAGAUGAAAAGGAAUCCUAUAAAAGCCUUGUACACCGCUUAUGUUACUGCAAAUAAAUUGGCCGAGACCGACUCCUCGGUCUCAAAUCGCGCGAGAGAAAUAUUUAAUAACUUGGAAACUGGUACGGAAGUCACGUGUGAACAGUGGAAAACAUUUCGAGACUAUACUGUGGACGAAUUAAAGAGAACUUACGGUAGAAUUGGUAUUACAUUCGACGAGUAUCAUUGGGAAUCCAUGUACAGUGCUAAGAAUAUAGAGAAGAUACUUACGCUGAUGGAGAAGAUGCAGUUAUUGGUGACGGAUGAGCAAAAUAGGAAAGUUGUGAAUCUGGACGGUGACAAAAGCGUUCCAGUAAUCAAGAGCGACGGUUCCACCUUGUACAUGACAAGGGACAUUGCCGCAGCCAUCGACAGAUUUGAAAAAAAUAAUUUCGAUUGUAUGUACUACGUGGUGGAUAAUACACAAGCUGACCAUUUUUCGAAAUUGUUAGAAAUAUUGAAACGGAUGAAACUACCAUGGGCUGACAGAUUGAGGCACGUGAAGUUUGGUCGAUUACACGGUAUGCGUACAAGAAAAGGGAACGUGACGUUCCUGGAAGAUAUCUUGGACACUACCAGAGAUAUCAUGAGGCAGAAACAAAAAGAUUCGCGUACCACUAAAGUGCAGCUAGAUUCAAUGGAUAAUAGCUCGGAUAUAUUGGGCAUCUCAGCAAUGAUAAUUAACGAUUUAAAGAGAAAACGACAACGAGAUUAUACGUUAGAUUGGAAUUCGGCUUUUGAUUUGAAGGGAGACACUGGCGUGAAACUGCAAUAUACGCACUGUCGACUCGUUAGCCUGGAACGCAACUGCGGCGCUGUCUUAACUUCGGAAUGUGAUCCGGACUCGUUACGAGAAGAAGUCGUCGAUGAUUUAGUCGUGUUAAUUGCCAAAUUCGAAGAAGUAAUAUUAAAGUCGUACGAAGAGAUGGAACCAUGCGUAUUAACGGUAUACCUUUUUAAUUUGAGCCAUGCAAUCAAUAAGGCUUUCAAGACGUUGAAAGUGAAAGACGAAUCGGCCGAUGUCGCUAAUCAAAGACUGCUACUGUUUCAUGUUGCUAGAAACAUUCUCGCACAAGGUAUGAAACUACUCGGUCUAAUGCCUCUGGAAGAAAUGUAACAGAAGAAAUGCAAGUUGCGAAAUGCCAUUUUUAAUUGUUAAUGGUGUAAAAAUUUACAUUAUAACGCCUAGAGAGGAAGGGAGCAGCAGUUACAUCAGGAAAAUAAAGAAAGAAAUUAAAUUAUG